AGGCGACAUGGCGUCCACCAGCCGUUUGGAUGUGCUUCCAAGAGUGACUUGCCCAAACCAUCCAGACUCCAUUUUAGUGGAGGACUACAGAGCUGGGGAUAUGAUCUGCUCUGAGUGUGGCCUGGUAGUAGGGGACCGGGUCAUAGACGUGGGGUCGGAGUGGAGAACAUUCAGCAACGACAAAGCAACCAAAGACCCAUCUCGAGUUGGGGAUACCCAGAACCCUCUGUUGAGCGAUGGCGACUUGAGUACCAUGAUUGGCAAGGGCACAGGUGCAGCAAGUUUUGAUGAAUUUGGCAACUCCAAGUACCAGAAUCGCAGAACGAUGAGUAGCUCUGAUCGGGCGAUGAUGAACGCCUUCAAAGAGAUCACAAACAUGGCAGACAGAAUCAACCUCCCUCGAAAUAUAGUUGAUCGAACAAAUAAUUUAUUCAAGCAAGUGUAUGAGCAAAAGAGCCUGAAGGGACGGAGUAAUGAUGCUAUUGCUUCUGCUUGUCUCUACAUAGCCUGUAGGCAAGAGGGCGUUCCAAGAACAUUUAAAGAAAUAUGUGCAGUGUCCAGGAUUUCAAAGAAGGAAAUAGGCCGGUGCUUUAAACUUAUUUUGAAAGCUCUGGAGACCAGUGUUGAUCUCAUUACGACCGGAGACUUCAUGUCAAGAUUCUGCUCCAAUCUGGGUCUUCCUAAGCAAGUACAAAUGGCAGCAACGCACAUUGCCCGCAAAGCUGUGGAAUUAGAUCUGGUUCCUGGCAGGAGCCCCAUCUCCGUAGCAGCUGCAGCUAUUUACAUGGCGUCACAAGCCUCUGCGGAGAAGAGGACCCAGAAAGAAAUUGGCGAUAUUGCUGGUGUGGCUGAUGUUACGAUCAGACAGUCUUACAGGCUGAUCUAUCCUCGAGCUCCAGAUCUCUUCCCAGCAGACUUCAAAUUCGAUACCCCAGUAGACAAACUACCCCAGCUGUGAAAUUUUGGAGGGUUACUUUUGAUUUCUGUUAAAAAAGAAAAAAACUUUUGAUUUCUGCCUAUAAUAAAGGAUGUACAAAGUGUGAAUACUGAGUCUUCAUGUUGUGGAACUGGAGGAUAUGGAGACCAAGCAUCACUGCUGGAGCGCAGCACACAUUCCAGGGGUAAACACUCAUUGUGUGGCAUUUUGUAUGUAUAUAUUAGUGCAAGUAAAUAUUUAAUGACUGUUGCAGCAAGCUUAAUUUCA